GAGCUAAUGCAUUGACGAUUUGCUCAAAUAAACUGUUCAUCGUGUGUACAUUUUGCUUCUCUAUUGAAUCGUUAGUUUUAGUAAGAAAUGGUUCACACGUGGCUUUAAGAUUGAAAAAGACGAAACAUAACUGACGUGUCCUUAAUGAAAAACAACGUGGCAUUUACGAGCUUUUGUAUAUAAUUUUUGGCUGAGUUGAUGAAAGUGAAAUAAUUUGAGAUGCAGUUUAGCAGCUGUUGUUCGUGAUGUCAAUGUAAAACGCUUGAAUAUAUUUAUUUUAUAUCAGAAUCUUGUCUGUCAAUUUCUCGUAGGCGCGCAUCAUCGUUUUUUGUAUACAGAAUUGAGGUUAUAUUGGCAAUGACCACGUCAAUGGUGAUGCAUCUGUCACAAGAUAAAUAAUUCAUUUUGUUGUUGAGUGAGUGACUCUUCCGUUCAGAAAUGUUUGUGUGUUCUUUGAUCAAAGGAACUACAUUGAAGUAUUUUGGAACAAUAUAUCGAUAAUUAACAUAUGUACAUAAUCCACGAGAUGCUUGAUAACGUUGUUAAAAGUAAGCGUUAAAAAUCAGAGUUGACGCUCGCGCGAAACGAAACAUCAGCGGAUAUUAAAGAAUUAAGGUGAAUGAGAUUAUUAGUGAUCUCUUAUAUCAUUCUUCAUGGGUACUAGAAGGAAAAUGGAUAAGCAUGACAACGUGGAAGAUGGAGUCCACGAGUCACAUCAUGUGCAUGAACGUUCGGACUUACGAGGUGAUGAAAAGAACAUAGCCACUCUUCUAUUUUUAUAUCUGUUACAAGGGAUACCAUUGGGUUUGUGCAGUUCUAUUCCUAUGUUACUUCAGAAUAGAGAUGUUUCAUAUCGCCAGCAGGCUGAAUUUAGCUUUGUGCAAUGGCCUUUUUCUUUGAAACUGUUUUGGGCACCUAUAGUGGAUUCUGUGUUCUCGCAGAAGUUUGGAAGAAGGAAAACGUGGUUAAUUCCAACUCAAUAUUUGAUGGGACUUUUUAUGCUGUUAUUGUCCUGCCAUGUAGAUCGAUGGUUAGGUAGUGGAACGACGAAGCCAAAUAUAGGAAUGUUAACCAUAAUAUUUUUUGCCUUAAAUGUUUUGGCUGCUACUCAAGAUAUUGUAGUUGAUGGAUGGGCAUUGACCAUGUUAAAGAGAUGUAAUGUUGGAUAUGCAUCAACUUGCAACAGUGUAGGACAAACUGCUGGAUAUUUUAUUGGUUAUGUGCUUUUCAUGGCAUUAGAAUCUCCUGAAUUUUGCAAUAAUUAUCUAAGAUCCACUCCUUACAGUGAAGGCAUUUUGACUCUACCUGAUUUUCUUUAUUUCUGGGGUUGGAUAUUUAUAAUUAUUACCACUUUUCUUGCUUUGUUUAAACACGAGGAUUCAGAGAAAAUGCACAAAGAUGAAGAAUUAAAUACGAAUAUCAAACAUGCGUACAAAUUACUUUGGAACAUUGUCAGAUUACCAUCUAUAAAAACGAUUAUUGUAUUUUUGCUAACUGUUAAGAUAGGAUUUUCUGCUUGUGAUGCUGUAACUGGUUUAAAGCUGGUAGAGGCUGGUAUACCAAAAGAAACUUUUGCCCUUAUGGCUGUGCCUAUGAUACCACUACAGAUAUUGUUACCAUUAGCAAUAUCAAAGUAUACAGUAGGUCCAAGGCCUAUGGAUGUAUACAUAAAGGCUAUGCCUUAUAGACUGGCUUUUGGAUUAGUAGCAGCAUUUUUGGUAUGGGUAACACCAUAUGUCGUAACAGGAGGACAUGUUCCAGCCUAUUACUUCAUAGUUUUAAUUAUUCUGUAUUUGAUACAUCAGGUUUUCACAAGUAGUAUGUUUGUGGCAUCGAUGGCGUAUUUUGCAAAAAUCAGUGAUCCAGCAGUUGGUGGUACUUACAUGACAUUAUUAAAUACGUUAGCUAAUCUUGGAGGUAACUGGCCAGCAACAGCAGCUCUUUGGUUCGUUGAUCCAUUAACAUAUCGACAAUGCAGCACCGAUCCCUCAAAUGACUGUAGCACAAUUUCGGAAAGGGAGCUCUGCACGAACACGCACAAUGGUGUUUGCAAUAUGCAAUUUGACGGAUACUACAUAGAGAGUGUCUUAUGCCUAAUCAUAGGAUUUGCUUGGCUCAGGUGGGGUCGACGGAAAAUAGAUCUGUUACAAACAAGACCGAUGUCUGCCUGGAAAGUUAUUCUUUCAAAGCAGAACAGAUAACAGUAUUGAAUUCAUGUUGCAACUUGUUGGUACAGUACCUGUAAUUAUUAAGAAUUUGUACAAAUUAAAUAUGCGUAUCGGCUGUGUGCUCGGGCGAUUCCCCGCACGUCCAUCAAGUGUUCCAAUUUGAUUACGGAAUAUGAACUGAAUUCUUUUUUCAUUUCAAGAUUCUUUUUUCUUCUUAUUUUUUUAUUCGUUCGACUUUUUCCCGUAACGUCACAAAUAAUGAACGCAUUCCUUGGAAAUUUGAUAUUUUAUUUGGUAUGAACAAUUUUUACGAUAUUUUUUCGUAUGUAGCACAACGAUGACUUUGAACACGUACUGCAUUCGUGAUACAAUUAUUUAAAGGACACAUUAGUGAUUUUGGUUGUAGCAUAUCGUCUUUAUCUAUCGAUAUGCCAAAAAGAGAAGAAAAUAAAAUUGGGUCUCUUUCUAUUUUCUUUAUCCUUCCAUGAAGGUUAGUGAUUUUAAUUACAAUGUAAUAAAUGCAACGGAUUUAUUGCACUGGUUUAUUAUAUAUCUAUACUAUGGGUUAGGAUAAUUCAAUGUUAAAAGUCGCAAUUGUUUAUAAGCAGUGCUUGUGAGUCAUGUACAAGUACAUGAUGUUAAUAAAAGUUUUCCAUACGAA